AUGGCGAGGCUCUCUUUCUCACUCGAUAUCAUAGCUGUGGAGCAGGCGCUGCAGGAUUAUGCCUGGCUUACAAAAUUCUGGAGGCGCAAAAGGAAGGAAGGCUUGGACCUAUUGAGUUUGUCUUGUUUGAGCAAGAGGAUGAUUACACGGGGACUUGGUGAGAACGUAGGAACCUCGGCAGCCGGUUUGACUCAUCCUGAAUUACAGGCAUGUGAAUCGCUAUCCAGGUUGCCGAUGCGACAUCCAAGUGCCGGCUAUCAACUCUCGUUUGCUCCUUACGCAGAUUGGCCAGAGUUUUUUUCGUAUGCUGAGGAUAUCAAGAAAUACUUCAAAACAUUUGCUCAGAAAUACGGCAUCGUUCCUUUUAUUCGCCUGCGACAUAAGGUCACUGCGGCAGUGUACGAUGCGAUGUCAGGGACUUGGGAUGUCACAGUGGAGGAUUUGGUGACAUCGCAGACUAGUACGAAAGCAUAUGAUGUUUUUGCCCCAGCGACUGGAGUCUUGAAUAACGUGAACCGCCCGGCCAUUGCAGGCCUGGAGUCCUUUGCCAGGACGCCGGUCCUCCACACAGCUGAGUGGCCUGUUGAUUUUGAUUGGCAGAACGCAUUCAAGGAGGAGAGUGUAGAGCCUAUCAGAGCUGUGAUGGGUGUUGGCUCUUCUGGGAUUCAAAUCAUAGGCAAUAUCGCACCAUAUUGCAAGUCUCUCGAUAUCUACGCCAGGUCUAAGCUCUGGAUUGUGCCGGCCAUCGUGUCUCUUGACUCGCUCAAAGACCGGGACUGGAAGAAUGACAACUUCAGCUACUCGGACGAAGAAAGGGCUGACUUUGCGACGAGGCCGGAAACGUUGUACAAGCAUGUCAAGGAGGUUUCGGACACGAUGAAUAGCCGAUUCGAAUCUAAACGAAGUGAUUCGGAAUUGGCUAAGGUCAAUUUUCCUCUUCUGUCCAUUGGUAUCAAUCUGAGUAGGUCUCAGAUGACUCGGAAGAUCACCCUUGACCAUAUGAGGGCGUCAUUAAAGGGAUGCGAGGACCUUCUUCUCAAGUUGAUACCAGACUACGCCGUCGGGUGUCGCAGACUAACCCCGGGAGCUGCCUUUCUAGAGGCGCUACAGUUUCCUCAUGUCGAUCUUGUCGUGGAUCCAAUCAAGAAGAUCACCUCCUCUUCUAUCGUUACCGACAAGGGUGUCGAGCGCCCCGCAGAUCGCAUCAUACUCGCGACGGGAUUCGAUACUGGGUUCAGGCCACGAUACCCGUUUCGUGGUAGAGGUGGACUUGACCUUAGAGAUGUUUGGACAGAAAAACCCAGUGCGUACAUGUCAAUAGCAGUGUCGGGAUUUCCGAAUAUGUUCCUUAUGGGUUGUGGGCCGAGGAUCACUUAUGCUAAUGGAUCGCUCCUACCGGGUACGGAAGCACAGGCGGACUAUAUUGUUGCCUGCUUGUCGAAAAUGCAGAAGCAAGAUAUCAAGACCAUGGAAGUCGAUAAGGAUGCGCAAGACGAAUAUAAUUUUCAACAAGCAUCGACGAUGAAGGAUCUCAUAUGGUCGGAACCAUGCACUUCUUGGUACAAAGGCGGUAAAGCCGAUGGGGAGCCCUAUGCACUCUAUUCGGGUAGCACGCUCCACUAUAGGGAAAUGUUAUCGUCCCCUCGGUGGGAAGACUGGAAAUUCGAGCCACUAUAUAAGAAUAGGUUUUCUUUCCUAGGUAACGGGGCGUCUUCGAUUGAAGCUACUGGGGGUGAUAGAGCAUAUUACAUCACGAUGGAAGAUGCUAAGAACGCUCUUACAGCAACAGAUUAUCAAAUCGACUGAAACUGGGUACCCUGAGUUUUCCGUUAAACAUCUGAUAUGUAAACUUUGCCCGCAGAUCAACUUUUGCUGUCGCGCGCAAUGAUUCAUAGUUGCUAAAUUUGCCUGUUCUACGAUGGUAUCGCGUUGAUCAAAAUGUAACACUAAUGUGGUCAACUGCUGGACCCGUGGGCGCUUACUGACGCGUCAGGACUUUAUAGUUGGUCAAGAAUAAAUAUUGCGAAUUAAGGAUUACCGUGGUGAAUCAUUGACCUUUGCGUAAAACCUGAUGGUCGAAUUUUUCAUAAUACCCGUCACCGAAGACGGUUCAGGUGUUCGCCAAGACCAAGACCGGAUUGCAAAUGCCCUGACCUAAAAUAACAUUCUUAUUAGCGGC